AUGGAACAUCAUCUGCUUCAAAACCAGCAGCAUAAAGGAGUUUCAGCCAACAAGCAAAGCAAUUAUAAACAGAGGACUACCAACUAUUGCAGAAAAAAGUUUGUUGGGGUGAGACAAAGGCCUUCUGGUAAAUGGGUGGCAGAGAUCAAAGACACUACGCACAAGAUAAGAAUGUGGCUCGGCACCUUUGAGACUGCCGAAGAAGCUGCUCGAGCUUACGAUGAAGCUGCUUGCCUACUUCGAGGUGCUAACACCCGAACCAACUUUGCCACUCAUGUCUCCCCCGAUUCACCUCUCUCUUUGAAAAUUAAAAACCUCCUCCAUCAGAAAAAGACUAUGAAACACCACCCUUCAGCAGCCACCACCUUUAAACCGAGUUCAAGAACUAGUUCUAAUAGUUGUCUCACUGAUUUUAGAACUCAUGAUAGCUCUAACCGCAGAUCUACUUGUAAUGCUCCAUUUAGUGGCAAAGAGCAGGACGCCCUGAUGGUUGGGGAUGCAUAUAGACCAGACCUAAGCAGCUGCAUCACGGGGCUUGAAUCAGACCCCUUUCAUUCUGAUCACCCGUGGCCAUUCCAAACUGGUUGUGACCAGCUUCCAUUAAUUCAAGAGAGGCUGGAGUAUCCCAAGCAUGGCGGUUUGUUGCCUGCAGAUACAACAGGGCUAGAGCUAACAGAAUUUGAGCAAAUGAAGUUAGAGAGACAGAUUUCAUCAUCGUUGUAUGCGAUGAAUGGAGUGAAUGAGUACAUGGGGAAUGCAUAUGAUGCUGGUGAUCCUCUCUGGGAUCUUUCUAAUUUGUGUCACAUGUUCUGUCCAAGUUGA